CUUAUUUGCAGCAACGGUCUGAAGCGCGCACCCGUUAGCAGGGCAGAGGAGAGGACAGAAGGCGGCAGAAAGACAAAUAAAGCCGAACUAGCAGAUUAUUCUGUAAACUGCAACGCGAAAUCCUGCGGAGAUGUCAGAGGAAAAGCCAAAGGAAGGCGUAAAGACUGAGAAUGACCACAUCAACCUCAAGGUUGCAGGGCAGGAUGGGUCGGUGGUUCAGUUUAAAAUAAAAAGGCACACACCUCUCAGUAAACUAAUGAAGGCAUACUGUGAACGACAGGUAAGCUGCUGUAAGUUCUUAAGCAGCAUGAUUACUUGCACACUUAACUUUGCUGUUCUUUUAACGAAAAGCCGGCAUCUUCAUCUGCAGGGUCUCUCAAUAAGGCAGAUCAGGUUCAGGUUUGAUGGCCAGCCGAUCAAUGAGACGGAUACGCCUGCACAGCUGGAAAUGGAAGAUGAAGACACCAUAGAUGUUUUCCAGCAGCAGACAGGCGGCCAUUGCUAAGCUCUACCCACCUCAUUGACGGCCACCCUCAGACAACGCCCUCAACCAUCUCACUGUCCAUCCCUUCCCCACCACUCCCCUCAUAUUAUUAUUAUUAUUAUUAUUAUUAUUAUUAUUAUUAUUAUUAUUAUUAUUAUUAUUCUUUCAGUUUAAAGAUGUCUGUCAUGGUUUUCGUCAGGUGUGGGCGGGGGGCCUCUUUGGCUGUUUAUGUGCUGUCUCAGUCAGGACUGAACUUUUGUGUGUCAACAGUCUCUCUGCUGGCCAAUCAGGACACAGAUUUCCUUCUGGCACCGCUGGCUGUGAUUGGACCAACAACUCAUCACAGCUGUUCCUGGUUUGUCACUGCUUUUGGUUCACUGUGCAGUGAAAGCUUAGUAUCCAGUAGUUUGUCACUGUUUUCAUCCAUCAGGGUUGAAUGCGAGGCUCUGCAAGUGUUUUGUCCAGGGGUCACUGUCAGUGGGCAUAAAAAUGGUUUGAAGUUGAAGCACUAUCUGAACAUAAUACACACAUGCUUCCCAUUUCACAUUGCUUUUCUGUGUGUUUGUUGUCUGAAUGGUGACUCGUUUUUUUGUUUGUUUUUGUUUUGUUAAAUGAAUUUUAAUUCUUUGCAUUUUAGGUGCUUCUGCAAUGUUUCUUUUCUUUUGUAAAUGUUAUUUUUUGUUUUUUCGUCUGUCAUUUUAAACAUUAACACCCAUGGGGCAUAUGGUCGACAUUUUUCCCCCUCCUGUACAGCAGUAUCAGAAUGGGUGUUAGAUAAAUGUUGUGGGACUUGGACCAAUACUCCAAAAACAGAACGUCUGCUUCAUAUUUGACGUGCUUCUCUUUAAAAAGCCAACUUCAAGGUGAAAACUGUCACAUUUAAAGGCAUUUAUAUUGCAUCAGUGUUUGCUUCCUCUUAGAUGGCUACUCAGUGCGUGACUGUGGGUGUCUGCGGUACAGAUGGAUAUAUGCUUAUGCAGAAAUGCUUGUUUCAGGGGAAAGAAUUCAUCUAUAUCACAGAAGUGCAUCCACGGUGUAAGCUGGUCGGCGUUUGAUUGUGUAAAGAAUCUCUUGGUGCAAAAUACAUAACAUUUUUCUUUUCGGUUCUGUUUUUUUCCAAAGUGGACUAGUGACCAGUCCUUGUGAUGAUCUCAAAAGCAGGUCUGCUUGUUGUAGAGGGUGGACUGUGAGUGGGAAUAACUGAAAGGUUCCUGAAUGUUUUGUUUUUUUUAGGUCAGGUGUCUCAUCCCCUGUAUUGCCCUAGCACAAGUAAGCCAACGGGAACACUGAGUUUUAGAUGUGCUUUGAAGAGGAGCAGGUUCAAGUUUGAGCAAGGGUAUCCAGCAAAAGUUGGAUUGUCUUUGCUAAAAGACACCAAUGACACUUUUCACUACUGUGCCAGCUGCUGAGAUGCUGUCUGCUUGUGUGUUGUUACAGUGGCAGUCUUUCAAGUGGUGAUGAGCGUCUUUCACUAUUUUUACAUUCUGGAGAGUGAAGCAUGCAGUUCGUUUCAUAUCAGGAGGUCAGCCAUUGGAGUUUGGGAGACAAGUGUUCUGUACCUACAGGGCCCCGUUCUUCGUAUGUGGGUAACCAAAUGAUCUUUGAAUGUAAAUAGUCUGAAAUGAGCUAGGAUUUCUUUUUCCCCCUUUCCUCCCCCCAGUUCAGCCACGGUUCAUUAAGCUCAAAUCCUGAAAAGAAAAACCCAGCUUUUUUUGAAGUUAGUUGGAUUCAAGUUAUUAGAAAAGGUUGCACCUUUCAAAGUUAAAAACACACUGCAACAAAAUGAAAUGUAGGUUUUAAUACGUGCUUUAAAAACUGUCUGAACAUUUUCAGCUACUACAGUAAAUGUUUUUCAUCUUUUAUAUGAAUAGUUAAGAGUUGGUGCCAGUACUGAGAAAUGAAACCUUAUUUCCUUGCACAGCCAUCAGUAAGCAUCUGUCAAUAUUGUAUUGCACAGAGAAAUGUUGAGUGUUUGUGCGACAUGCAUCUGCACAAGCCAGUCAGCAAUCAUGAUUCCAGCUUUCGUCACACAAAGUAAGAGCACACUUUACGAUGCCAACAAGCAGCCUUCCGCUCGCAUUUCAAGAACCCAGUGAGCUGGACAAAGGUCAGCUGAGCUAAACUGUAAAGUACGAAGAACGGGGACCAGGUCUUGUCAUGUUAUGUUUUCUCUACUGAUUUGUACAUUAUUUGUGGUCUUUUACUACUGUAUACAAUAAAUAUAGUUUGGUACUCAGA